AUGGCUCUCAACCCUUCAGUAGGACCUGAUCAACCAUACUCCAAGGACCUGUUCGACCCUUAUCGAGUACUAGAGAUGAUCGUCUCAUUUAAGAUAGCCAGUAAGAUACAUGACGGAACGGCCUCGUCUUUCCUAAACGCAAUGGCCAACCUGGGCGACAAUCCCAACAUGAAGUCCACCAACGCCGUCCUCAACUCAUUCGGCGAUCUCAACCACACGGAACAGGACAAAGUCAUGGAAAGUCCCAAGUACUGGAAUUCGCUUGCAAAGUGGGGCACGGAAGAAGACCGCGAGGAAAUGUCUCGCAGGAACGUGGACAGACUCAAGGGAGAUCUGGAAGAUACGACUCAAGGUGUCAGCACGAGAAAGUCCGCGGCGGUCAAGGCUGAAGCGGCUCGGUUGCUUGCUACGAUUCCCAAAGAAGGUAAGCUGUUCGAAUGGACGAGGGCAAUGGUCUGCAAAGAAGAUUCAGGGGAUGGUUCUGCAGCUGGCAAAUGA